AUGAGUGAAAAUAUCCUCACAUUUUGCACGGCAGAAAUAUCACCCGAAGUAAUAACGCACUUCAUCCACCUCUCUCAACGCACAGAAGAAAGUUCCAAAAUCUGGUCUGUCGUACGAACACCGCAUGAUGAUCAAACACGCAUUGAAAAACCCACACACACACGUAUUCGACCUUUCCAAACGGGGUUUCUUAACGCUCCGCUAUCGGCUCUUACAGAAUUUGUAAGAAGCGCGCCUCAAAGUACUUCGUAUCCGUUUAGUAGGAAUACGUUUGCGGUGUUGGAUGAGCGGAGUGUGGGUGAGGAGACGGUGGUUUUGUGGACGGGGGUUGAGAGGGUGGGGGGGGAGGUGAGGGAGCGUGGAGAGGAGGGAGGAGGUGGGGAUGGGGAAGGGAAUGGGGAUGCGGAAAGGGAUGGGGAUAAGAGGGUCAUAAGUGUGGAGUGGAGGAAUUUUAGGGUCGAGUUUUGUAAGGCGUGUUGGGUGGUGGGUAUUUUGGUGCGUAGGCCGGGGUUGUUUGUUGAGAUUGUGGAGAAAGGGCAAGGAGCGCAGGUGGAUGGGGGGGGUAUAUUGAGGGUGGAUGCUCCGAUGAAGGAGGGGGAUUUGGAGGAGGAGGGGGAGGAGGAUUUUACUGAUGAGGAGGAGGAUUGA